UCCUUGUCCGCAUCGAUCCAAGCCAGCUUCCCACACGCGACUUUGACACGUGCGACAGCGUCCGAGCUUGCACAUUUCACUUCUGCCAACGCAGCCAUAUUUAGCAGGACUGCCCACCGCAUGUAUGGAAACCGAUAUCUCAAAAUAGGCAAGCGAACAUGGCGCCUCCACCACCAAGGCGCAACCUGCGCAAAGAUGUGGUCGCAUCGCAUUUCGACUACAAAAAAGCGAAGCCGAUAGUGCUCAAUGAGACCGGACGACCCAUUCCUACGAACAGCACAAUGGCCCCGAAUAUCCGCUCAAUAUCUUGGUCACCGACAGGAGCAAUGGUUGCGCACAACAUACACAACAACAUCCGAGUGUGGAACCCUGAACGAGCGGAUGUGAAGGCCACAACAGCGCUGCAGGAUGGGCCGAAGCCAGGUGCGCACGGCAAUACUGUUGAGAAGCUUGCCUUUAGCCCGCGAAUGGAGAGCCUGCUGGCGAGUACAGGACAAGAUGGCUUGGUGAAGUUCUGGGAUGUAAGAGUGCCUGGUGGAGGAACAGGUCUGGUAGGAGGGAGCGGGUAUGGCGCAAAAGGGCAUACACAAGGAAAGAGCGGGGAGUACAAGACAGGCGAGCAGACACUGUUCUUGACAUGGCACCCAAAUGGAACCGAGCUUCUUGUAGGAACGCGAAACGAUGUCAUUACAGCCUUGGACGUUCGCAAAGCAGAUACACCCAUGGUGCUCGAACCCAACGCGCCUCCAGCAAGCAAUCUACCCAAAUAUGAUGCCACUGCGACAGAUCGAUCUCCUACUAAGGACAAGGGUGCUUUCUAUCAGAUGGCCUUCACAAAUUCUGGCAACCACAUCCUCGCCGCGACAACCGAAGGACCUGUCAAAGUCCUCUCAUACCCCUCCAUGCAGCCUGUGCAUAAUCUAGUAGCUCACAGCGGAUCAACGUAUAGCGUACAACAAUCGCCAACAGGCAACCACAUUGCAGUAGGCGGCACCGACGGUCUCAUCACACUCUGGAACACAGACACCUGGCUCGUCGACCACACCCUAAAGGAGGCUGCUGGUGCAGUACGAGAUCUGAGCUUCAGCUACGAUGGUGCAUAUUUGACUGCUGGAGGUGGACCGGAUCCGAUGAAGGAUAACGAGAGAGGACUCAGUAUUUGGCAUGUUGAGACGGGAGAAGAGGUGGUCAAGCUGGAGACGACGAAUGCGGUGACGUGGGUCGCGUGGCAUCCUUUGAGGCAUGCGGUGGCGUAUUCUGGAGAUCCAGGUGGACUGAAGAUUGUGGGGGGGUUGUCUGGAGGGUACUCAUAGGAGAACGAUGCUCGUUCGGAAGACGACCUCGAUAUUGUACGCCACGAUAUUUCAAGAUUGGACGAAUCUGGCAGGGCGGAAUGUAAAAUGCCACGCUACGGAAAGUGGACGUAAUCGUGGCAACGAAGACUAAGUCUCGUCUGUCAAAAGGGUGUGCUGCGGCAGGCCAUGCGCCAAUUCUGUUGGAACAGCGUCGCAAGAAUCAAUAACUUUCGUCUUUGCAACCGCUAUUUCGCUUCAAGAAGCCCGGGGAGUGGCCACCCUGUUCGAAUUCAAGACGAGCGAGCUCUGCGCCCAGCAACAAAAGCGGCAUUGCACGGCUACAUUGUGAUGCAAGCAAUGACCAUCCUGUCACGCUUGACAGCAACAUCUUCCAACUUUCAGCUUCACAACAUUUGCACGCCAUGCACGUGACUUGGAAGUAUAUGCACGGCUCUGUUGCAUCUGCUGACUAUCAGCUGGAUCCUACGCCAGCGCGAUCAGACAAUGGGGACUAAAUCUGUACGAGGUACGCAG